AUGCUGCGCCGCAAGCCUUCCAACGCCGGCGACAAGGAGCCGGGACACAGGAAGCUUUCCCUACAGCGUUCCAGCAGCUUCAAGGAUUUCAACAAGUGCAAGGUCAGCUCCCCCGUGUCAAAUGAGGAGUUCAACCUGGAGGAGAAUAUCCCCGAGGACGAUGCCAGCAGUGCCAGCGCUGAGGAGGGCGCGCGGAGCGGCGGCACCAAGCUGGGCAGGAAGUGGCGGGCGGUCAUCUCCCGCACCAUGAACCGCAAGAUGGGCAGGAUGGCUGUGAGGGCGCUGGCCGAGGGCAAGCAGGGAGAGGCGGAGGCAGAGAGGCCAUGCCCGCUGUCCCCAGCCAGCAGCGUGGAAGAGCAGAGCUAUGACAAGGUGCCCCUGUCGUACCUGGAGCUGGAGGAGGAGGAGGAUGGACGCCCAGCCCUCGGACGCCAGAUGUCCAGCGGCAGCGACAUUCCCAGCCCUGGCGAUCCCAGGGACAGCCAGCAGCUGGAGGAGACCGUCCCGGCCUACACCGGCCCCUUCUGCGGCCGGGCCCGCGUCCACACCGACUUCACCCCCAGCCCCUAUGACAAGGACUCCCUGAAGCUGCGGAAAGGGGACAUCAUCAGCAUCAUCGAGAAGCCACCUGUGGGCACCUGGACCGGGCUGCUCCACAACAGGGUGGGCUCCUUCAAGUUCAUCUACGUGGAUGUGAUCCCUGAGGAGACGGUCCCUGCCCGCAGGAGCCGCAGCUCCGGCCGGAACAAGCGCCUCAAGCCCAAGACCCUCCAUGAGCUGCUGGAGCGCAUCAACCUGCAGGAACACACCCCCACCCUCCUGCUGAACGGGUACCAGACCCUGGAGGACUUCAAGGAGCUGCGGGAGACGCACCUGAACGAACUGCACAUCACGGACCCCCAGCACCGCGCCAAGCUGCUGACGGCUGCCGAGCUCCUCCUGGACUACGACACCAGUGAGCCAGAGGAUGGUGACAGCACUGAGGCCCUGCCAUCACCCUCAGAGCCCAAAGGAGACAUUCCCCGGGACUCCGGCUGCUUCGAGGGAUCAGAGACCCUGGAUGGCAGCCGGGAGGAGGCCGAGCUGGGGGAUCCUGAGGAGCAGCUGGGGGGUUUGCCAGCAGGCUCAGGAAGGGAGCUGGGGCUGGAAGAUGUGUGUGCAGGCAAGUGA